GCACCUUCGUCCUGCACCUCCCGGGCGGCAUGGCCGCUGCCAUAGGCGAGAGACAGGGCCACCUGAUGCCCGAAUCGAGGCCCGCUGUCUCGCAGCAACGUCUCCUCCCCAAUCACCCUGGUUGCUUGGGCUCGCCCGCUCCCGGUCAUCUGGGCACAAUCGCAGCAGCAGCAGCAGCAACCACAAUCGCACCGACAUUCACGGGGGGGGGGAGGAGGUACUCUCUGCGCUUUUGCUCCGUCGCAUCGUUUUUUUUUGUUGCUGUUGCUCUAUUCUCUUUGCCGCUCCCUCUCCACGACCUUUCUCGUCCGCUCAUUCUGGCAAGGAAUGUCCCUCGGAUGGCAGAACUGGAAACCCUACGAUGAGCUCCGGCACUGGAGGCCGUGGAUUCAGUUCUACGACUCGUGGCUGGAGCAGUACCCGACCAUCAAGGACUUGGCUGCCAAGACCAAGAUAUCCAAGGUGUCGUUGUCCGUCUUUAUGAAGCUCUUGCUGGUGCUGACGGCCCUGACGCCGCUCUCGGGAUACACCACGACAGCGAUCGGCCUUCUCUAUCCAUGCUUCCGAACCCUGGAGGCCAUACGCUUGGGCGACGUCGAGGAGAUGCGCCUGUGUUGCAUGUACUUUGUGUUUUUCGAGGCACUGAGGCUUCUGGAAUGUCUGGGAAUCAACAGCAUGUUCAAGCUCUGGAGGUGGUUCAAAGUGGUUGCUUUGAUGUGGGCAUUUCUUCCGCAAACAAAGGGAGCGCGCACCUUGCUCAACUGGGUGAUGCCAUACUUUAUAUCCUGGACCGAAGUCAAAUCACCGCCCAAGUGAAUCACCUCAUCAAGAUAGACCGCCAUCUCAAUCGAUGGAGCGUGGAAAGCGGGCUCAGUUCACUUUGACACCGGCCCGGUUCAGAAUAGAUUGCACGCAUUCGAACAGG